AUGGUUUAUAAAGUAUUAGGAGACUACUCAAAACUUAUUGAAGAACAAAAAACAGACUCUCAAUAUUUUAUUGGUAUUGAUAUUGGUGGUACAAAUACAAGAGUAGUAUAUGCAACAGAAAAUGGUGAUUAUUAUACAAUCAAAGAAUUCUUAUGCAGUAAUAUCACAAAACUCAUUGAAGAAUUAACAAUUAUUCAAAAUGAAUGUUUAGGUAAUUUUAUCGAACCAGAAUUCUGUUGUAUCGAUCUUGCUGGUCCACAUCUUUCAAAAAAUAAAUAUAAAUUAACCAACUAUAUUGAAUCUGAUAAUUUCCUUUACACAGAGAAAUUACCAAGCAAACUUUGUCCACCAGGUAAAUUUGCAGUUUUAAAUGAUCUUGAAAGUGGUGCUUAUGGUAUCAUCCCAUUCAUGAGGUCUGAAGGUGGUUUAGAUUCAAUUUUCUCAACUAUCGUUCAACAAACAGGUCCAUUAAGACAACCAGAUAAUUGUGUUUACCCAGUUUUAGCAGCAGGUACUGGUUUAGGUGUAGGUUUAAUCACUAAAUUUGGUGAUCAAUAUAAAGUUAUUCCAUCAGAGUUUGGUCAUAUUAGCAUUUGUUCAGAUACUAAUGAUUGUGAACAAGAAUUAUUCAAAAAAUUACAAAACAUUAUUAAAGAAAAGGAAAUUACAAGAACCAACUACUCAUUAGAAUAUGAAGAUAUUGUUAGUGGUCGUGGUGUUCAAGCACUUUAUAGUAUUAUGAAACAUGAAAAUGAACCAGAAAGAAAUAAUUCAGAAAUUGCAAGUCAAGCAGCAGCAAAUCCAGAGAAUUUAAAUUGUAGUUGUGUAAAGACAAUGAAAAUUCAUUAUCAAUAUCUUGUUAGAUGCGCUAGAGAAAUUAGUGUUGGUACAUUUGGUGCAUCAGUUUUCUUAAUUGGUGAUAAUAUCGUUAGAAAUAAUGCAAUGGUUUGUUCAAUUAAACCAUUUUUAGGAGAAGAAUUCUUAGAUCAUCCAAAACUUGAAUGGUUAUCAACCAUUCCAGUAUUUGGUCAAAAGAUUAUCAUUAAUUUAAAUUUAAUUGGUUGUAUCUUUUAUGCAAGUUCUCAAAUUUUAAAGAAAAACUAA